AUGAAACUCUCCAACAUCGCACCCCUCAGCACAACCUGGAUGGCAUCCGCCGUCACAGCCAGGGAGCCCUACAACGCCGCAUACGACCAGUACUGCGGCAACGGCCAGACCCAAAGCUCACUGUCCAUCAACGGAACCCCCUACUCCUACUACUGCGACGUCGAGCAGAGCACAGGCGCCAGCCCGUCUUUGCGUGUGCGCUCCCCCGAGAUCUGCGCUGACAUCUGCGACGGCGAUAGCUCUUGUGAUACGGCGGUCUGGGACCGCUCAAACGGCCAAUACAUGGUCAUCUCCAAUGACCCGCUGGCGGUCUGCCAGGCAAAUCUGGUCAAGUACAUGCCGGUUGCGCCGCUGUGUCACGGCGCUGAUACGCGAAGAUCACCGAGAACUCACAAACGCGACCCCGCCGCUGCAGAACAUUGGCACUACUCCUGA